GUGGUAAACCCGGUGACACAGGGAGGUGGCUGCCUGAUCCCCAGCCUCCAUAAAAGUGGGUGUGGAGGAGCCUUGGCAGCUGCCCCGCCAUGACCUCCUGGGCCGUCCUGCUCCUCACCUUGGUGCUCCUGGGCACCCCAGGGCUGGCCUUUUCUGGUCUGACCCCUCAGCACUCUGCCCUGGCAAGGGCCCACCCAUGCGACGGAGAGCAGUUCUGCCAGAACCUGGCCCCGGAGGACCCCCAGGGUGACCAGCUGCUCCAAAGAGAGGAGCUGGGCUACUUCUGUGAGUCUUGCCGGAAGAUAAUCCAGAAGCUGGAGGAUAUGGUGGGACCACAGCCCAACGAGGACACUGUCACCCAGGCAGCCUCCCAGGUGUGCGACAAGUUGAAGAUACUGAGAGGUCUGUGCAAGAAGAUCAUGAGGAGCUUUCUCCGUCGCAUCUCCUGGGACAUCCUGACUGGGAAAAAACCCCAGGCUAUCUGUGUGGACAUCAAGAUCUGCAAAGAGGAGACAGGUCUCAUCUGAGCCCCCGCGUCCCCUGACCCCACCAUGGAGAAGAAGCACAGAAACUCCAGCACCCUCGGCCGGUUCCUUGCCUCCUCAAUCUAGGGUCUGCCCUCCUGUUUCUCUCACCUAACUCCUGCCACUGCCCUCCCCUCUCAGGAGAAUUAAAUGUCAUGCAAGAUU